AUGUCAACAAGUGGGAAAACUUUUCUUCAACGACUACGCCUGGCAUAUAAAACAACACAGUUCCCUUGGAAAAAGCAUGCAUUAGUCGGUUACGAUUUGAAAGGUAACGAGUAUUGGGAAUGUCCUAAUCCUUUAGGUGGUAGAAUGAAAAGAUGGGUUCAAAUGGCCGAUAAAGCAGACAAUGAUAUUACAGUCUUUCAUCACAAUAAAUUACCAGUGCUGUGGCAAUCAUGGCUCAGACACACUCGUGAUCGGCCUCCUACCAUUGCAGAGUUGAUUCAAGAUGAAAAACGAGUAUGGACAGUUCAAAGUAAAGCGAAAGAACUUGAAGAAGCAUGGGAAAAGUUAAAAAAAAUGAGAACAGAAGAGGAGAAGGAAGCAAAACGAGCAUUAGAUGAAGCGGCCAUUAAAGAAGAACUUGGGUCAGAUACUGCAGAGCCUUCAGGUUUUGGGGAUACUUUUACACCGGGCGAGUGGAAUCCCGUUAGUACAAGGCGGUGA